CCCCGGAAUUCCCGCAGGGAAGAGCUUCCAGAGUCGGCCUCCAGGCACCAGCUGCUGGGGCUGAACCUGCUGUUCCUGCUGUCCCAGAACCGCGUGGCCGAGUUCCACACGGAGCUGGAGCGGCUCCCGGCCCCAGACAUCCAGGGGAACCUCUUCAUCCGACACCCCGUGUCCCUGGAGCAGUACCUGAUGGAAGGGAGCUACAACAAAGUGUUCCUGGCCAAGGGCAACAUCCCAGCGGAGAGUUACACCUUCUUCAUCGACAUCCUGCUCGACACCAUCAGGGAUGAGAUCGCGGGGUGCAUCGAAUCCGCCUACGAGCGGAUCCUGUUCCCCGAGGCCGCGCGGAUCCUUUUCUUCAGCUCCCCCCGGAAAAUGACCGACUACGCCAAGAAGCGGGGGUGGGUGCUGGGCCCCUCCAACUAUUACAGUUUUGGGGGGAGGCAGCAGAAAACCGAGGACCCCCCGAUCCCCUCCACGGAAUUGGCCACUCAGGUCAUCGAAUACGCCAGACAGUUGGAGAUGAUCGUCUGAAACUGCCCAAAAACAUCCCAAAAAUACCCCAAAACCACCCCAAAAAUAGGCCAAAAUCACCCCCAAAACACCCAGGUCAUCGAGGACGCCCGGCAGCUGGAGAUGAUCGUCUGAAACUGCCCAAAAACAUCCCAAAAUCACCCCAAAAAUAGGCCAAAAUCAGCCCAAAAACACCCAGGUCAUUGAGGACACCCAGCAGCUGGAGAUGAUCGUCUGAAACUGCCCAAAACCAUCCCAAAAAUAGACCAAAAUCAGCCCAAAAACACCCAGGUCAUUGAGGACACCCAGCAGCUGGAGAUGAUCGUCUGAAACUGCCCAAAAAACACCCAAAAAUACCCCAAAAAUAGGCC